AUGGACGGGCAUUGCGUCGGUGUGACCUACGAAGGCAGUGGUCGUGUGGCAGAUUGUGAGGGGGUGGAGGGAGUUUUGGAAGGGCGGGAAGAUGGGGUUGCUACAACAACAGAUGGGCCGCGUCAGGAGGAGCAGCAAGUCCUCUCGGCGCUAUCUUUGGGGGCUGGGCAUCAGCCCCAAGCUGAGGGGCAGCAGUGUCUUCUCCAUGACAGGGAUUUGGAGAGCAUGGGUGCAACAUUGAAUGUGGAGGAAGCUUUGGCGCAUGGGGAACAGAAUUGCGGUGAGAUUGAGCUGCCUACCACUGCGGGAAAUUUGUCACCAAGGUUAUUAGGGAGUCAGGAGCUACCGUUGGAGUCGUUGGUGGUGCAGUUGAACGUUGAUCAAUCUGUGGCGGUAGAGCAUGGAUUUAGACAAGCGCGAGGGAAAGGUGUGCGGGCCCGGCUUCCCUCUGACAGACAGCUACAAUCGGCGACAUCCUCCCAAAACUCUUUUCAGGCUAGGUUUGUGGUGAUCUGUGAACCUAAGCUAGAUGUGUCUAAAAUUGUGUCCAUUCGUCUAAAAUUGUCUUUUGAUUGUGUGCUUGUGAAUCGAUCGAAGGAUCUUUGGGUUUUCUAUAGUAGUCCCUUUGUGUGUUCGGUUGUGUGCAAUUCUGAUCAACAUAUCUCUUUGGCUGUUCAACAUCCACUUUUGCCUAGUUCGGUCACAAUGUCCUUCGUUCAUGCAAAAUGCUCUAGGGAUGAGCGUAGGGACUUAUGGCUAAACCUUUUAGCUGAUAAACCUAGCUCGUCUCCCUGGUGCAUUGGGGGAGAUUUUAAUACCAUUCUGGCACCCCAUGAGAAACGGGGGGGGCGGCCAUUUGGUGUAGCUGAAGGGGUAGAGCUUCUGUCUUUUAUGGAAGAGGCUGGAGUUUUUGAUGUGGGUUUUUCGGGAGCUAGCUUUACUUGGUGUAAUAAUAGGAGAGGCAGGGCUAGAGUCUCGAAGCGGCUGGAUAGGUUUUUAAUUAAUGGGGAUUGUUUGAACUUGUCCACCUCGAUUUCUGUAGUGCAUUUGGCGAGGCACCCUUCAGACCAUGCACCACUGAAGAUUUCGUUUACCUCACGCUUGGAUGAUAAACCACGGCCUUUCCGCUUCCUGAAUGUUUGGACGUCCAAACCACAACUUUUGGAGGUGAUUCGUAGUGCUUGGGAUCAAGAAGUGAGUGGCUCUCCAUUGCGGGUAUUGUGCUCUAAAUUGUUGGCAGCCAGGAGAGCUAUUCAGCACUGGAACAAGCAUUGUUUUGGCAAUGUGUUUGAUGUUGUUCGGGGUGCGGAGGCGACGGUUCAACGGGCAGAGGAGGCCAUGGAUCACGAUGGGUCGGAGGAGGCACAACUCGAACUCCACAAGGCGCAAGCGGAGUUACGUCAUACGCUGUCCGUUGAAGAGCAGUUCUGGAGUCAAAAGGCUCGAGUGAAAUGGCUUCGCAGUGGAGAUCGUAAUACUAGAUUCUUCCAUGCAGUGGUGAGGCAGCGACGGGUUCAAGGUACGAUUCAUAGGAUAAAGGCAGCCAGUGGGGUGUGGGUGGAGUCGGAUGAGGAUAUAGCGAGUGAGGCAAUAGCAUAUUUUUCUGACCUAUUCUCGGGCACGUCAAGACCUGCCUCGGAUAUGUUGCACCUUAUUCCACCGGUGGUCUCAGGUGAGGACAACAGGAUCUUAGAUGAGGCACCUACUAUUGAGGAGGUUCAUCGGGUGGUGAAGGCAAUGGAUGGGGAUAGUGCUGCCGGACCGGAUGGCUUCACAGGCAAAUUCUUUACCUUUGCGUGGGAGGUUAUUGCUCAGGACGUCUAUGCAGCGGUACUAAGUUUCUUUUGUGGGGCAGAACUGCCUCGUUUCAUCACUUCUACCUCGUUUGUGUUGAUUCCUAAGGUAUCGAGUCCUCAGGAUUUCUCUAAAUUUAGACCGAUUAGCCUAUGCAAUUUUUUCAACAAGUUAUUAUCUCGAAUUUUGGCUGAUCGAUUGGCGGGCAUCUUGCCAAAGCUUAUCUCCCCUCAGCAGACAGGUUUUGUUAAGGGCCGCAAUAUAACAGAGAAUUAUUUGCUUGCUCAGGAAGUGGUUUCGGGAAUUGGGAAAAAAGUUAGGGGUGGAAACGUAGUGUUGAAGCUGGACAUGUCUAAAGCUUAUGACAGGGUGUCAUGGUUGCAUAUCAUUGGAGUCUUACGAAGGUUUGGGUUUGGGGAGCAGUUUAUAGAUCUGGUGUGGCGGCUAUUGUCGAAUGUUUGGUUUUCAGUAAUAAUCAAUGGCUCUUCAUAUGGUUUCUUCAAAUCUACGAGAGGGCUCCGCCAGGGGGACCCGUUGUCGCCGGCUUUGUUUAUUAUAGGGUCUGAGGUUCUGUCGAGGGGCUUAAACAACCUUGCGUUGCAGCCGGGUUUCUUGGGGUUCAGAGUUCCGUACGGGUGCCCCCCGGUAACGCAUUUGGCAUUUGCGGAUGAUGUUCUUAUAUUUGCGAAUGGGUCUGUUUCCUCCUUAAAGGACAUCAUGCAGGUGCUGGAAGGCUAUCAAGAAUGUUCGGGUCAGCUGAUAAAUGCUCAGAAAAGUGGGUACUUGGUUCAUCCUGCUUUGGCGCCGGCCAGAAGAAGAGUGAUUGAGCGCGUCACGGGGUUUGUCGGGCAGGCUUUUCCCAUACGCUAUUUGGGAUUUCCGUUAUAUUUUGGGAGGUGUAAGUCGUCAUACUUUGGGGAGGUGUGUCAGGCAAUCUUGCAGAGGAUUUUGUCGUGGAAAUCAAAGCUAUUAUCUGCAGGAGUUUCAUUGGAUUCGUGGUCUCAGUUGUGUUUCCCGGUGAAGGAGGGCGGGCUGGGGUUUCGGAGGCUUGAAGAUGUCUAUACAGCCUUCUCUUGUAAAUUAUGGUGGACCUUUCGAACAGGGAGGUCGGUAAGGGCGGCAUUCCUGCGCGCAAAAUAUUGUAGAGGACUUCACCCCUGUCAAGCACAAUUGACGCUGACUGCGUCGCCGGUCUGGCGACGGAUGGUGAACGUAAGCCGACAGGUCGAGCUCUCUAUGUUAUGGCUAGUAAAUGAUGGGUCUUGCCAUUUUUGGUACGACAAUUGGUUGGGUAGUGGUGCCUUGUACCUUCGCGCACCAGUCAUCCUGCAUCUCUCGUUUCUUAGCAGUAUCAAAAAUGGGGCUUGGGAUGUGAGUUUUUUAUCUCACCUUUUGCCUAGUGACAUUGUGACUUCUAUCCUACACCACCCGGUUCCAGCGGGAGGAUGUGCAGAUGAAGUAAUUUGGAUGCCCACACAGUCUGGAAAAUUCACCUUGGCGUCAGCUUUCCAUGACGUCAGGCAGUCCCGUAAUAUGUCUGUGGUCCUCUCUCGAGUUUGCCACCCUCGACUCCCAUUGAAAGUGUCUUUCUUUAUGCUCCGCUUGCUGAUGGGAAGGGUGCCACUGCCAGAUAUGCUACGCCGCCUAGGUUUUCACUUGCCAUCGAAAUGCCCUUGCUGCCCAGGGGCAGUUGAGGAAUCUCCUGAGCAUGUUUUUGCCGGGGGUCACAUAGCUUUGGACAUCUGGAACUAUUUUGGUGGCUGGUGUGGUGUUAGGAGCUCUGGAUCCUCCCUGCGUGCUCGCAUAGUUGAAUGGUGGUUGCGGUCGCAGCAGUCUGCAACACGGCAAUUCAUUUGUUUAAUCCUUCCCAGUCUCAUCUGCUGGCACAUUUGGAAAGCCAGGAAUAAAGCAGUAUUUGAGGGGGUCCCGAUGGCCUCCACGAAGAUUUGUCAAGCCAUAUUCUCGGAGAUCAAAGUCAUUGUAGAGAUCCAAUUCAAGCUUAAGACUGGGGCGAAAACAUUUGGGCAGUUGUAUGAUUGGGCGCAAUUGCCCGUAUGCAUAGUCCAACGUGUUCGCUGGGAGGUGAGGGGGAGUGGGACGCUUACCCUUAAUGUUGAUGGUUGCGCUAAGGGGAAUCCUGGAGUGAGUGGAGGCGGUGGGGUCCUCCGAGAUGCAACGGGGUUGCCUCUGUUUGCCUUUUCGGCCUUCUUUGGGGAGAUCACUUCCCUACGGGCGGAGGUUCGGCCCCUGCUAACUGGGCUUCAAUUGUGUAUCCACAGGGGCUAUGGUAAUCUAAAUCUCCAAUCGGAUUCUUUGGUCGUAGUUGGGAUUCUGAAGCGGCGGUUCCAGUGUCCAUGGCGGAUCCGUCGAGAGGCCAGGCAAAUUUGGCAGCUAGUGGAUGAUUCGGUUCAAAUCUCGCAUUGUUACAGGGAGGCUAACACUGUGGCGGAUGUUUUGUCCAGAAUAGGCGUCUCUCAUCCUGAACAGCAUAUUAAGGUCUACGACAAUUUCCACGCUCUUCCGGCAUUGGCUCGUGGGGGGCUUGACUAUAUGUCUCCAAUUAAGCAGCAGCCAGUGCCUCUUGAAUCUCUACGUUCAAACCCUGGACAAAUAGAUGAAUUAUCUUCCGGUCUGUCAGCACUAACUCUUGAACAAAAUGAGAGAGUUUCGUAA